AUGGCUUCCCAAUGCGCAACACUGGCGUCAAACCGCAAAAUAUCCUACUCCAUCCACGGUGACUCCCCGAACGCUCCAUGGAUUAUCUUGUCCAAUAGCUUCGGUACAGAUAUUUCCCUCUCCGAAUCCGUCGCCCAACGCUUCGCCACCGCGGGCUUUGGAGUCCUAAGCUACGAUCACCCAGGUCAUGGCCAAAGCAGUCCCCUAGCAAAUGUCAACAAAGUGAACUUUGAAGAGAUGAUCGACGACAUCGAUGAUUUACUGCACCAUUUGAAAAUUGAAAGCAUCCAUGCCUGGGUCGGUUUAUCGCUUGGAGCAGCAAGCGGAGUUUACAUGGCAUGUCGUCGCCCCAAAUUAAUCAAACACUUAAUCUACUGCGGAUGCCCACCAGCUUCCCUUUCCGCGCUAGGUAUUAUGUCCCAUUCACAAAUCGACGCAAUGCGCGACGAAGCCGAAAACGACGGAACAACAGCUAAUGCAAUCCGCCACAUGCACUACGGCUGGGCAAGCAAAGGAUGGCUCGAAGCAAAUCCUGAUCAAGAUGCGCGACUUGUACUUGCAAGCUCGACUCUAAGCUUGGAUGGAUGGCGCGCGGUGAUGACUUUGCAGAAAAAUGUGAACUUUGAUAUGAGACCUUUGGUUCCUGAUUUGGUGGCGAGUUGUGAGAGGAUUAUGUUUGUUAAGGGGGGGAAUGAUGUGAGAAUUAAUCCGCUUGUUGAUAUGAUGAGUGAGAUUGUUAUGAAGGAGGACGGGGAGUUCAAGGUUGUUACUGUGCCGGAUUCGGGACAUGUCAUGUUUUUGCAGGAUGAGGAUUACUUUUGUAGCUCGAUUCUCGAUUUCAUUUCUUAG